AUGGACGAGUUCUCCAACGUACUCACUUACAUCAUCCCCAUCCUUGUGCUGCUCAUUUUGUUGUGUUGUAUGUUGAAGUUGUACGUGAAGUGGACCGGUGGUUUGAAGAAUUGUCAUCGGCGGCGCAAUUUAACGGAAAACUCGACGGGUAAGGGAACUUCUCUUGUAUUUCGCUUAAAACUGUCAUUUUUAAUUGACAUCAAAAUUUUUCUACUUGUAAAAAAUGAAGUUCUGACUAGUUCCUACUAUGUUACAUUAAGAUAUGUACAUAAAGUUACUUUUUACACGCGGUAAACUCAUCUAAAAUUGAUAUACUAUUCACCAGUUCAAGUUCAUGGUAUGCCACUUUCAAACCGAUGUUCUAAUGUCGCUAGACUGUUUUUGAAUAUUCUAGCGGUUGGAAUAACAAAAGCAAAGUUUAAUUAUUAAGAAAACACCAUAAUAUGUCACUAAGACACCAACUUUACAUACAAAAUUAGGCUUUUUUAUAUUACACUGUCGAGUUGUCUGAAACUACAAUAUACUAAUUGGUUACAGACAUUGAAAUUGAAUGUAAAGACGACUAAAUACAAUAUCAGAGUAGUUGGUACUUAUUAAUGUAUUUUAUCAAGAAUAUUUUUUCGAAUUUGUAGGUUACGGUAUUGUUAUAUAGUUUUUGGUAUGUUAACGUUAUGUUACCAUAGUGAAGAGAUGCGGUUGUAAAAAUUGCUACAAAAUUUUUUAUUGUAAUAUUUAUUACUAUUCAAAUAAUUUUAAAGCAUAUUUAAUUCACAUGCAUUGUUUUAAAAACAUGUCAUGAUGACGAUUUUUUUGGAAAAAAUGUGUCAUAAUGACAUGUUUUUAAAAAACCAAAAAUUAAGUAUUAUUGACUUUUUCGGAUAGUAACAGCAUUAUGACAUGCUAUUUUCUUCAGUAUGACGCUAAUUUGUUGACAUAAACAUAUAUAGUGCACUACAAGUACUCGCUAAUCCCUGAGGCUAUUUUGGACUAAACCCUUUUCAAAACAAAAUUUUUGACGUUUAAUCUGAUUAGGUCAUAAAGAUUUGUUAAAAGUUUUACAAAUUUUUUUAAAUUUUGAAAUUUUAAGACUGGAAACAAAGUUUUUGCAUAUUUUUGAAAUUUCAAAAUUUUUUUAAAAAUUUUUAAAAAUUUAAUAAAUAUUAUGUUUCAGUAUCAACAACAGUACCAAUAACUCCAGAAUUAGUGAUACACUCAAAUAGGACCAAUGGUACUGUUCCAGUACUGCCGUUUGAGAUCACGGAAUUUGAUGGGUCAACGUUCUUCACUGUGCCAUUUUUAAUCGAACGCUUUCCGCCAAAAUACGAAGAUGCCAUCAAAAUGGCAUCACCACAGCCGACACGGAGAGCCUCCGUCACUGCCGUAACGGCCGCGAUUCCGCCUCCACCGUUCUACGAAAAUGCUCAUGGAAGCGGGUACUCUGAUGGUAAGUUACAGUAAUGUUUGGUACAGAUUAAAUUUUUUUUUGAAAAAAGUGGAUCAUAGAAGGUGUUUUUGGUACUGCAUAGUACGUUAGAAACAUAUUUUUUUGGAUUUUUAGCUUUUGAUUACUGUAUUUUUUAAGGCUUUAAAGUUAACUCUAAGGACUAUGAGAUACAGUAACCCUUAGUACAAACUAAUUUUUUUUUUGAAAAAAGUGAAUGGUAGAAAGUGUUUUUAAUACUAUAUAGUACGUUAAAAGCACAAUUUUUAAAAAUUUCAAUUAUAGAUUACUGUAGUUUUUGAGGCUUUAAAGUUUGUUUGAAAGACUAUGUGUAACACCGCUACAGUAACCUUUAGUACAAAAUUGAGAAAAAUAUAUUUUCCGACAAAACGUCAUUUUCUUUUACGUAGCUUCUAGAAACUACAUUGUCGUAGGUCCUUGUUAACAAAGACUAUGGGAACGAACGCUAGGCUUAUUUACACAUACUACAAGGUUAUGCGUAAUAUUGGACUAAAAUAACUUGCAAGCGCGUUGAAAAUAUGUAAUUGUGGUUUAUGACUUUGUACUUUUGCAGUUCUUAAUAUUCAUUUAAGAAAUUUUGUCAUUUUUGACCGUUUUAUCGCUUUUAACACAAUGCCAAAGUUUGGCGGGAAAAACAAAAUUUAAAAUUUUUUGCUAAUUUAGAGCAAAAAUAAUAUUUAAAUUAGUGUCACAGGACUUAGUAAUGUUAAAUUAGUUUACUUUGCCAAAGUUUGGCGGGAAAAACAAAAUUUAAAAUUUUUUGCUAAUUUAGAGCAAAAAUAAUAUUUAAAUUAGUAUCACAGGACUUAGUAAUGUUAAAUUAGUUUAAUUUUGUUAAUUUUGGCUCUUAAAACACAAUGCCAAAAUUUGGCGGGCAAAUCAAAAUUUAAAUUUUCAGCACCGCCCUCCUAUUGGACACUGCCUCGCCUAGGGUCCAGCCAUCAAGCCGCCUCAACAGACGCCUUUACAGUGCCUUCCACGAUCACGACGAGUAUGAACAUGCCCACCUCUUCCAGUACGAUAUACCUACAAGAAGCACAGAAAGCUCACGGCAGUACGGCUAGCUUGGUGCGACAUGCGCCGCUAACACAGAGUUUGUCGGACUCGGUUCAGUUGGCUAGCCGAGACAACUUGACGAUCUUGAGGGCGAGUACCGCUACUUCACCGGUACCAACUGCACCAGCACCAUCCAUGCCGCUGCCGGGUGCUGUGAUGGAGGGUAAUGAGUUUGGUACUGUGCACGAGCUACGGGUGGACGAGUUGGAGAAAAAUUAG